CAAGGAUCAAGAAGACCAAUGGGAAACCACUUAGGAAGGAACCAUAGAAAAUGUACACUUCAGAAGAGAGAUGUAACCAGAGAACUCAAAAAAGAAAAAUAUACCAUACGCCCUCAGAAGGGAAAAAGAUUUAUAUCCGUGUACAUGAGAUUACUCAAAUAGAUAAUCAAAUACAUCAGUGCCUUGAACGUGAACAAAACUUUUGUGAAAACUUAGCACGUAUGUGUGAGAAAACAUAUACUGGGGAGAAACCUUAUAGGUGUGAUAUGUGUGAGAAAACCUUCAUCCAAAGUUCAGAUCUUAUUUCGCACCAGAGGAUCCAUAAUUUUGAAAAACCUUAUAAGUGUAGCAAAUGUGAGAAGAGCUUUUGGCAUCACUUAGCCCUUUCAGGACACCAGAGAACACAUGCAGGUAAAAAGUUUUAUACCUGUGACAUCUGUAGCAAGAAUUUUGGUCAGAGCUCCGAUCUGCUUGUCCACCAGCGAAGCCAUACAGGUGAAAAACCUUAUCUGUGUAAUGAGUGUGAUAAAUGCUUCAGUCGAAGUACAAAUCUCAUAAGGCACCGAAGAACUCACACAGGUGAGAAACCAUUUAAAUGUCUGGAAUGUGAAAAAGCUUUUAGUGGGAAAUCAGAUCUUAUUAGCCACCAAAGGACUCACACUGGUGAAAGACCCUACAAAUGCAAUAAAUGUGAGAAAAGUUAUCGACACCGUUCAGCCUUCAUUGUGCAUAAAAGAGUUCAUACUGGGGAGAAACCAUACAAGUGCGGUGCCUGUGAGAAGUGCUUUGGCCAGAAAUCAGACCUUAUUGUACACCAGAGGGUCCAUACUGGUGAGAAACCGUAUAAAUGCUUGGAGUGCAUGAGGAGUUUUACCAGGAGUGCCAACCUAAUUAGGCACCAGGCAACUCACACUCAUACUUUCAGAUGCCUUGAAUAUGAGAAAAGUUUCAGCUGUAGUUCAGACCUUAUUGUACAUCAGAGAAUUCACAUGGAAGAAAAACCACAUCAGUGGUCUAUGUGUGAGAGUGGUUUCUUCCUAGGUAUGGACUUUGUUGCCCAGCAGAAAAUGAGGACGCAGACAGAGGAGCUACAUUAUAAGUACAGUGUAUGUGAUAAAAGCUUUCAUCAUAGCUCAUCCCUUCUUCAACAUCAGACAGUACACAUUGGUGAAGAAUACAUCUGUAAUGUCAGUGAAAAAGGUCUUGAUCUCAGCUCUCAUGCAUCAGAAACAUCACAGACGUCUUGA